AUGGGCGAACCGGUUAAUAAAUCAACUGUAGUUAUGGCAAGUUUCAAACACACACAACGAGAGGAGCACACAGACAAAACGACGGGCGGCAUCCAAGGGACAGGAGGCAGGAAGGAAAAGUCCCAAAGGGUGCCCCGCCAAGACGGAGCCGGCACAUCGGCUGUAGUAGCACGCGGCACGAAGCCCGGGCCAGCGUGCUCGAAGGCGAGGAAGGACCCCCUGCCUCUGUCGGACGGAUCCGACACAGAGGCGAUAGUAAACGUGGAUAACGAUGACUCAUCCACGGAGGACGAUUCUUCCUCAGUAUCGUCAGUGGACGCGUACACUGGGAAAAGGAAGAAGCCAGGGAGGCCGCCCACGACCUACGCGGGCAUCGGCAAGAGGAAGAGGGAGGAAUGCCGGCGUCAGAUAAAGAAGCUGAAGGCCGAGCAGAAGGCAUUGGCGGAGGUCUUGAACCCCAAGAUCCUCCCUCGGGACAUGACCCAGGAAAGGGAUACGGUGGCGCAGCUGGAGGGUCUCAGCGGCGCGCAGAUUGCGGCGGAGAUGUUACGAAACGUCAACGUCGUCGUUAAAGUGGCCGAAACAUCCAAGAAUUUAAAGGGCACGUAUGUAAAGGAGCUGAAGAUCUGCUCCAAGAAUCUCCGGGCGGCGGCCACCGUGGUUGCCAAGAAGACGGCGGGCUCCAACGGUGGUCAGUCGAACAGCGAGAACGAGAGGCUGAGGGAGAGGGUGAGAAGCUUCGAGGAGCAGUUGGAGAGGAUGGCGACUCUUCUCCAGGAGGAGAGAGAAACAAGGGCAAGGGUGGAGAACGUGAGGGCACUCGAAAGGACAGCGAUGGAGCUGCCAGUAGAGGACCUCCCACAAGCCCGAACUCAGAGCCCGGCAAGGUCAGAGGAGACCGGGAGACUGACGCGGACUAAGGCCCUAGCCAGGCGAAAGGCCGCAAACUUGGAGAAACCGGAGCCGACCCAAGCGGAGGAAGCCCCGGUGUACCGCCCAAGCAUAAAAGGGGCGAAGAAGAAGAUAGAGGAGGCACCACCCGAAGAGGCCAUGGAGGGGGUACGGAGGGUGCUGGAGGGGGUCUCCUUGACAGACGUAGUCAAGGGGAACCCACAGGAGGUGAGGCAUAAGCUGGAGAGCACCAUUGCCAGAUGCCAAGGAGCCCUAGCCCGAAUCCCACGAGGACAAGAGGCGGGACACAGCACGAAGGGUACACCGGUCAUCACCAAAAUGGAGGUGGUGAAAGACAGAGUAAGGACCAAGGCGAAAGAGACGGCAGCACAGAUCGUCCGGAACACGAAGGCGGAAAGGGCCCCCGCACCAUCGACCACCGAGUGGGUGGAGGUGGUGAAGAGGGGAGGAAAAAGAAAGCCAGGGACGAGGCCCGCAAAACCGGAGGAGGCGCCGACCGCCCGCAAAGCCAAGGCAGGCACAUACGCUGAAGCUGCGAAGGCCAAAACACCGGGCAGUAAGCCGGCUAAGGGUGGCAAACCAGUCCAGCCAACCCCAAUAGGAGGAGGAGGCAAGCCGGAGCCGCGACCCCAGCAGACGGGCAGGGGGGCGAAGGGGGCAAGUACGGCCCAAGGGCCUAAGACACAGGAUACAGCGGCCAAAAAGAGGAGGAAACCGCCGAGAUCGGAGGCGGUCACCGUCUCGUUCCCUGCAGGCGAAGCUGCGCAGGGAAUGAGAGAGGUCAGGGCCAAAGUGGACCUUGAGGCCCUCGGCAUUGGCCCGCUGAGACAGAGGAGGGCCCUAACAGGGGCACUAAUAUUUGAAGUGACGGGGGCAGAGAGUGCCAAGAAGGCCGACGCCCUCGCGAAAGAGAUCAGCGGGGCGCUGGAAGGCAAGGAGGGAGUGCGUGUCUCCCGACCGACCAAAUUGGCGGAGAUACGCAUCAAAGAUGUUGACGAAUCCCUCACGCCAGAGGAGAUCUCGUCGGCCGUAGCCCGGGUAGGAGAAUGCGACCCGGGGAACGUCAAGCUAGGCCAGCCAAAGAUGGCUCCCAACGGCCUGGCGACCGUCUGGGCUCAGUGCCCAAUUGCGGCGGCGACCAGGGUGGCAGCGCAGAGGCGCAUCAGGGUCGGGUGGGUGACUCUAAGAGUGGAGUUGCUCGACGCCCGUCCCCUGGUGUGCUUCCGCUGCCUGGAAAGGGGACAUGUGCGGGGGCAGUGCCGCAACCCGGUGGACCGAAGCACUUUGUGCUACCGAAGCCGCACCAACAACAGCGGCAACCAGAGGUGGAGAGGGCCAGGAGGAGGCCACCACGGCCUCGCCUUCACCCUGCUAAGGGUACUGCAGGCAAACCUCAACCACGCCUGCCAGGCCCAGGAUCACUUCCUACACAGCAUGGCAGAGCGUGGUUGUGGGUUAGGUAUCGUGGCCGAGCCGUACCGCGUCCCCAGGAACCCCUGCUGGGCGGGGAGCGCGGAUGGAUCGGCUGCGAUCGUUUGGAAGAGGACUGGAGAGCGCGCCCCCCCGAUGUCAAGGAUAAGGGCAGGGGAAGGAUGGGUCGCGGUUAAGUGGGGGCCCCUGGUCAUACUGGGGGUCUACAUCCGACCCAGCCUCUCUAGGGCGGACCUGGAGGUACGCCUCCAGGACCUAGAGGAUGUGGUCCAGGAGCACCUCCCCGGACCAGUCCUGGUCGCCGGGGACUUCAAUGCCAAGUCGGCACUUUGGGGUUCCCGGCGGCCAGACGCCAAGGGGGCAGACGUGGUGGCCUGGGCGGCGCGCCUAGGCCUCCACCUGGAAAACGUGGGUGCGGUUAGCACCUGCGUAAGGCCGCAGGGGGAGUCAAUCGUCGAUCUGACGUGGACUUCCCCUGCGGCGGCGAGGAUGAUCAGCUCAUGGAAGGUGGUGGAGGAAUCGGAGAUCCUCUCUGACCACCUCCCCAUCUCCAUUGAGCUGAGGACAGGUAGACCGGCGGGAGAGGGCCCGGCAGACGUCGAGGAGCAAGCACUCUGGAUCAGGGCAACGAUGACCAAGGCCUGCGACGCGGCCAUGCCAAGGGCCUCCUUUGCACCACGGAAGGAGGCGUAUUGGUGGUCGGAGGAGGUGGCCUUGCUUAGGCAGGCGGCGAUUAGAGCGAGGAGGCACCUGCAGCGCGCGCGGAGAAGGAGAAGCUCCUCCCAAGAGGAGGUCGCGACGCUACUGGAGGAGUACCGGGCAGAGAGGAAGGCCCUGAGGGUGGCAACCAGGCGAGCAAAGGAGGUGGCUUGGGAGGAGCUGGUUGCCACGCUUAACGAGGAUCCGUGGGGGCGCCCCUACAAGCUUGUGAUGGACAAGCUUAGCACGGGGGCGCCUCCCACGGUUGAGGCGAUCGACCCCCAGUUCCUGGGGGAGGUCGUCCGGACCCUCUUCCCGGCGAACAGGGACUCGGCAGCCAUCAUGCCGAGGACCCUGGAAGAGGAACACCUAGAGGAGGAGGGGGACCGCCGAGUGACAGAGAUGGAGCUUGGCCGCGCGGCGAGGAGGUUGAAGGCCGGCAAGGCGCCCGGGCCAGACGGCAUACCGGCCGUGGCCUGGAAGGUCGCCAUGGGAGUGGGCGAGUUUGUGGAGAGGCUCCGCAGACUCAUGGACGACUGCCUGGGCUGCGGCCGGUUCCCACAGGCCUGGAAGGAGGCACGCCUGGUCCUCAUCCCGAAGCCGGGUAAGCCGGAGGACCAGCCGGCGAGUUACCGCCCAAUAUGCCUCUUGGACGAGGCGGGGAAGAUGUUCGAGCGAGUCAUCACAUCCCGCCUCGUCCGGAGCAUUGAGGGCGGCGAAGGAGGAGGACUGCACGCCCGGCAAUACGGGUUCCGCGAAGGCCGCUCGACGGUAGACGCAAUCGCCUUCGUCAAGGCCUACGUGCAGGGGGUGGCUGAGAGGGGGGGAGUGGUGCUCGCGGUCGCGCUCGACGUCGCGAACGCAUUUAACUCCCUCCCCCACGCCACCAUAGGACGGGCAAUGGCGAGGAUGGGAGUCCCGCGAUAUCUAAGGGCCCUCAUCGAGGGAUACCUGGCUAACAGGAAGAUAUCCUGCCGGGACAGGGAGAACAAGGCCAGGGUAUGGGAGGCGGAAUGCGGUGUCCCGCAGGGCUCGGUGCUUGGACCAGUCCUGUGGGACAUCGCAUACAAUGUGGUGCUGGAGGCGGCUCUCCCCUCGGGAGCGGUGUCGGUGUGUUAUGCCGAUGACACACUGGUGCUCGCCGAGGGGGAGAGCUGGGAGGAGGCUGUCGACACCGCAAACUUGGCGGUGGCCUGCACGAUCCGGGAGAUCGAAGGCCUGGGCCUGACGGUGUCGGCGAAGAAAACGGAGGCGGUGUUUCUCCAUAGCGGGAAACACGGGCCACCCCCGGACGCGGGGAUAACGGUGGGCGACACACGGGUCCGGGUGGGGCCCCAUAUCAAGUACCUGGGGCUCCUCCUGGACGAGAAAUUAAAAUUCCGCGACCACGUGGAGAAGCUGGCCCCCAGGACGGAAGCAGCUGCGAACGCGCUGUCGAGGCUGAUGCCGAACUUGGGGGGCCCAAGCGGGAGGGUACGGAGGCUAUAUGCCAACGUCGUAAGUUCCAUAGCCCUCUAUGCGGCGCCCAUCUGGGCGCAGGAGGUGUGCGCCGAUAGGAAGGCGCUGGCAAUAUUGAGGAGGACGCAGCGCCGGAUGGCGAUACGGGCCACGCGUGCGUACCGUACGGUGUCGCACGCGGCGGCCACCCUGCUCGCCGGAAUGAUCCCGGUGGAUCUUUUGGCGGGCUCAUUCAAGCGGGCCUAUGAAAGGAUUGCGGGCCUGAAGGCCCAGGGAGUCCGGAUCACCGGACGAGUAAAGAGGGCGAUCCACGCCGAGGCGAAGGACGGGGCCCGAGAGGCCUGGAAGAGGAGGUUGGCCGACCCCAACUGCCCAGGCCAGCGCACGGUACGGGCGGUCCUCCCGGUCGUGGAGGAGUGGCUGCGCAGGCCAUGGGCGAGGGCGUCCUAUAGGACGACGCAGGUGCUCACCGGGCAUGGCUGCUUUGGUGUGUACCUGCGUCGGAUAGGUAAAGAGGUGGCAGCAAACUGCCACCACUGCGAGGAAGAAGUCGACGAUGCUCAGCACACGCUGGAGAUGUGUCCGGCGUGGGCUGAGCAGCGUAAUGCACUGAGAGGGGUUGUGGGUGACGACCUCUCUCUAGAGGCGAUUGUGGAGAGGGUAGCCCACGAUGAGGAAGCGUGGAGCGCCUUCUCUGCAUUCUGCGAGGGGGUCUUACUCCGCAAGGAAGAAGCGGAGCGCAUCCGGAGGGGGGAGGUAAACCCCCAGGAUGACCAGGGCGGGGCUGGCGUACGUGGGAGGAGAAGAAGAAGAGGAAGGCCAGCCCACCUUCGAAGAUAGUAGUCCUGGGCGAGGGGG